AUGGUUAUCUCUGACGAGGGCAUCUACUCAGAAUCAGAUGUCAAAGCUGUUGACGAGUUUCUGACCUUGGGGGUGCUGCGUGGACCGCUCGUACCUCCUGCAGAUCUACCCCCGACUCGCUGCUCAGACCCUGACCUGCUGCAACCUCAGAGUUCAGAAAGAUGCAACAACGGCCUCCGUGAUCUCGGACGCUGCGGCGGCUCUCGGGCUGGACCCCGGACGCUUGUAUGUUCUGGCGGAGGUGAAGGAGUGUGGGGGGCGAGGAGUGGGUCCUGGAGGCCGGAGACCUGCCCGCUCAGAGGUUCCUGCUGUGGCCCCGAAAAAGCCCAGGAGACGCACCCCCGCAGCCUCGGAUUCUACUUCUUACUCCAGGAGAGGAACCAUGAUGGCACCAUCCACUAUGUCCACCUCCCUCCUGUGUCUAAGGAGCAGGAGGCGCAGCUCGCAGCCAGAGGCUUCCUUCCUCCUCCACAGGACGACUUCGCAGACCUGUGCAACCUCCCCGCCCUCAAUGAGGACAGCAUAUUAAACAACCUGCGCACACGCUUUCACAAGAAGAAGAUCUACACCUAUGCAGGCAGCAUCCUCAUCGCCAUCAACCCCUUCAAGUUCCUGCCCAUCUACAACCCCAAGUACGUCAAGAUGUACGAGAACCACCAGCUGGGCAAACUGGAGCCUCAUAUCUUUGCCAUCGCGGACGUGGCUUACUACGCCAUGCUCAGGAAGAGAGUGAACCAGUGCAUCGUCAUCUCCGGGGAGAGCGGCUCCGGAAAGACCCAGAGCACCAACUUCCUGAUCCACUGCCUGACCGCACUCAGCCAGAAGGGGUACGCCAGCGGGGUGGAGAGGACCAUCCUGGGAGCUGGACCCGUGCUGGAGGUAAGAUGCUAAUGUCGUGGAUCCGAUGUAACACUCACAACAUUAAAGG